UGCGCAGAGCCGGCCCUGGCACGCGCGCGGCACCUCGCGACACCGAGGGAGGCGGGCCGCAUCCGUGAUGCGGGGCCACAGAGCCUGAAAGGGUGUUGGGGCGGCGACGCGCAGCCCGGAGGGGCUCCAGCUUAGCGGCAGGGGCAGUGCCCGCGAGCUGUGGACGAUUGAGGACAGGGCCACGAGGCCGCACCCAGAGGAUCUUCUUAAAUUGCCAAGGCCAGCCUUGAAUUUGUGAUACUCCUGCCUCAGCCUCCCCAGUUGCUGGAAUUACAGUUCUCGGCGGAUACAACAUCUUUGUUUGUAUGUGGUGCUGAGGAUCGAACCCUGGCCGCACGCAUGCCAGUAACACAAAGAGAAUGAAAGAAGUAGAUAAUCUUGAAAGUAUAAAAGAGAAGUGGGUUUCUGAAACAGGAUCCAACAAUCAACCUCUUAGUGAUAAUCAACAAACAAAUUGUGAAUAUUUUGUUGAUAGCCUUUUUGAGGAAGCUCAGAAGGUUGGUGCCAAAUGCUUGUCCCCUACUGAACAGAAGAAAGAGGUAGAUGUAAGUAUAAAAUUAUGGAAAAAUGGAUUCACAGUCAAUGAUGAUUUUAGAAGUUAUUCUGAUGGUGCAAGUCAGCAGUUUCUGAACUCUAUCAAAAAAGGGGAGUUACCUUCAGAAUUACAAGGAAUUUUUGAUAAAGAAGAGGUGGAUGUUAAAGUUGAAGAUAAGAAAAGUGAACUUUGUGUGUCUACAAAGCCUGUGUUCCAACCCUUCUCAGGACAGGGUCACAGACUGGGAAGUGCCACACCAAAAAUUGUUUCUAAAGCAAAGAGUAUUGAAGUUGAAAAUAAAAAUAAUUUGUCUACUGUUUCACUGAACAACUUGGAGCCCAUCACUAAUAUACAGAUCUGGUUAGCCAAUGGGAAAAGGAUUGUCCAGAAAUUCAAUACAUCUCAUAGGGUAAGCCACAUCAAAGACUUCAUUGAAAAAUACCAAGGAUCUCAAAGAAGUCCUCCCUUUUCCCUGGCAACGGCUCUUCCUUUCCUCAAAUUGCUAGAUGAGACACUCACAGUGGAAGAAGCAGAUUUACAGAAUGCUGUGAUUAUUCAGAGACUCAAAAAAACUGUCGAACCUCUCAGAGAAUUUUCAUAGAACUGAUUUUUAAGAGACUAAGUAGAAAUUUUGCAGAGAAAUGACGGUUGUAAGUGGACAUGCAAAAAUGGGAGAGAGGACACAUCAGAUUCACGUGACUUUUGGUGUGAGUGCUAUUUAACCCUCUUCUGAGGAAAAGAGUUUUGAAUAAUUUUAAGUUAAGGAAGUAACAUGACUAGAAGCUAUAUUUAAUGUACUUUUUCCAGAAGGCUACUCAAUAAGAAAAAUAUACUUACUUUCAAAAACCAGUUCAUCAGGGCUGAGGUUGUAGCUCAGUGGCAGAGCACUUGCCUAACACGUGUGAGGCACUGGGUUUGAUCCUCAGCACCACCUAAAAAUAAAUAAAUAAAAUAAAGGUAUUGUGUCUGUCUACAACUAAAAAUAUUUUUUAAAAAACAAUUCAUAACAUACAGUAUGUUAAGUAGCUAUAUCAUUUAGAAUAUUAAUAUCGUAUAAACAAAUAAAAAUAUUCACUGCUUUAAUCACUGAAACAUUUCCAAAUAGCAGGUAUUUAUUUUAAAUGUUAGCUAUCACAAGAGUUUUUAAAUAGCAAUAUGUUUAAAAAUUAUACAUGGCAGGUUAAAGGCAUCAGUGUAAUUAUUUUAUAACUGGGAUAUAAUCGAAAGUGUAGGAAGAUUAAUUUGGCAACAAUAUCUAAGUUAUAUUUUUAUUUAGGAAUAAAAGUGAGUGUCUUAAUAUAACGUCAAUAUUAACAUACCCACACAUUUCUGUACUUCUAAUAGUAUAAUUUUUUAUUUUUACUUAUCUUUCUUUUUUUUUGCAGUGCUGGGGAUCAAACAUAGUGUGUCCAAAUGCUAGGGAAGUGCUCUACUGAGCCACAUCCUCAGUGCCCUCUAUCUUUUAUUUAAUUGGGAAUGGAUAGAUGGAUGGUUUUUUAUUUGUUUUAGCGGGGUGGUGUUUUGUUUUGGUUUGGUUUUUGGUGCUGGGAUCAAACCCGGGGCUCUGUAACACUAACUACAUUCCCAGCCCUUUUUAUUUUUAAGACAGUAUCUUGCUAAGUUUCUGAGGCUGGCCUCUUGCAAUCCUCCUGCUUCAUCCUUCUAAGUCUCUGGGAUAUCAGGUAUGUGCCACUGUGCCUGGGUAGGAAUUUAAUGUAUCACGUGAAGUCAGUUUUUCUAUUUCAUAUAUCCCUUAUGUAUACAUUAAAAGAUUAUUUAUUACAUUCUAAUGUCACCAAAACAUCUUAGGCUUUUAACUAAAACCAGUUAAACUUCAAAAUUUCAAUCAGAUUAAAACCCCUGGCUUAGAAGUAAGCAUAGGAAGCUUUUUUGCAAAUGAAUCAUAUCAGAGUAUAUGUUGAAUGUGCUGCGGAUUAAGUGGCCUAUAUCGACACUAAUGUUCAUAGAGUGCUGGAUGGAUGCUGUAAGGCUUUUGGUCUCAAGACCUUUUCUUUUGUUUUAUAUGGGUUAUAUAUAUCAACAGAAUACUAAAAAUUCAAAGUUUUUUAAUUUACUUAUUUGUUUAUUUUUGUGACAGGAUUUGGCUCUGUUGCCCAGGUACUUCUUGAACUCUGGAACCUCGUGCCUCAGCUUCCCCAGUAGGCAUGAUUACUAUCAUGUACUACAGCACUGGCUCCAAAAAUUUAGUUUUAAAAUAUUUAUUUGGUUCAGCAUGGUGGCACAGGCCUAUAAUCCCAGCAACUCAGGAGGUCGAGGCAGGAAGAUUGCAAGUUCAAAACCAGCCUCAGCAGCUUAUCUAGGUGCUAAGCAACUCAGUGAUAGCCUAUCUCUAAAUAAAAUACAAAAUAGGGCUGAGGGUGUGGUUCAGUAGUCGAGUGCCCCUGAGUUCAAUCCCUACCAAAUUUAUUUACUUAAAAAUAAUGACUUUGAAGCAUGUGCCUGUAGUCCCAGCCACACAGGGAGGCUGAGGCAGGAGAUUUGCUCAAGCAAGAGUUCAAGUCCAGUCUGGGGAACAGUAUGAUUGUCUCUAAAAAGUAUGGGCUGGGGUUAUGACUCAGCAGUAGAGUGCUCGCCUCACAUGAGCAAGGCCCUGGGUUUGAUCCUCAGCACCACAUAAAAAUAAAUAAAGUCAUAAAAAAUUAAAAAAUAAAAAGUAAAUAAUGAUAAUAAUAACUUCCAAAACAUAAAAAGAUUUAAGUGAGAAAGUGGCAUUUUCUUUUUCUGCAAAUAUCCUUUCUGUCUGACUUAAUGAUGGAUUCUCUUUUGUUGUGAGGAGUUUUUGUUUUGUUUUGUGUUUUUGACAUGCUGUUAGAGAUCAGGCCCAGGCCUGGCACAUGCUAGGCAAGCUCUCCUCUGUUGAGCUAUAUCCCCAACCCCAGAUAGCUUGUCCUCUUUGCUUCUUCGUUCACUGCUGUAAUAGCACACACCAUGUAACCUCUGGAAGACACCACUGUACAUUCAUGAGAGGUGAAGCAUAUAACACCUUAUUAUUACUAAGAAAAGAGUUUUGACAGCAUAACCCCCCGAAUGGCUCUCAGGAACCCCCAGUGAUCCUCUAAGAUUCAGUCCUUUAAAGCAAUGUAUAGUUUACAAUAAUACUCAAGCCUUAGUGUAAGAAUCAUUUGGUAGGGGCUGGGGAUGUGGUUCAAGCGGUAGCGCGCUCGCCUGGCAUACGUGCGGCCCGGGUUCUAUCCUAAGCACCACAUACAAACAAAGAUGUUGUGAACAAAGAUGUAGUGUCCGCCAAAAAACUAAAAAAUAAAUAUAUUUUAAAAAAAGAAUCAUUUGGCUUUUCAAAAAUGCCCAUUCCUAUCCCAGCAGCUUCAGAGGCUGAGGCAGGAGGAUUACAAGUUCAAAGCCAGCCUCAGCACCUUAUCAAGGCACUAAGCAACUCAGUGAAACCCUAUCUCUAAGUUAAAUACAAAAAAGGGCUGGGGAUGUGGCUCAGUGGUAGAGUGACCCUGAGUUUAAUCCCUGGUACCAAAAAAAGAAAAAUGCCCAUUCCUGCCACCUACCACAAACAUAAUGAUGCAUUUUCUCUGGGGUAGGUCCCAAAUCACUGCAGUUGAAAUCUUGAGUGAUGCUGAGGGAUGUGGUGGCUGUACCAUCCUCAGAAAAUCCUGCACUAAGCUUCUAUCCUAAGAAAAUAAAGCCAGCAUAUGUCACCAUGGACAGUGGAAGACUCCCAAAGAAAGCUGCUGUAUCUCUAUCCCCACAGUUUGCUCUCACAGAGAGCCCUCCCUCCUUUAACCUGAAGUAAUCAUGACAUAAUCCUGUGCUUUGUCUCCUGUAACUCAAAUGAGACAGGGCUGGAUCAUUUGAAUGAGAUUUUUUCCUAAAGGGUCAGGAAUAACAAAAGAGAACUACUUACAUAACUAGAUGGCAUGGCUUCUCUGUCUAGUUUGUGGUCUAUUUUAAGGACGCUUCCUUUCGUAGUUCCCAGCUGUCCAUGUGGUAGAGGUCUUUUUAUUGGAAAAAGAGGAAGAAAGGAGAUCCUUUUUCCCUUUGUCCUUUACCCUAGGAAAUGGGCAGGUAAUACAAAAUAAACGUUUACUGUCAGUAACAUACAACAGUGUUAAAAGUCCUCUCUAAUAAGACAAAAAUAAUGACAUUCUUACAAAAAAAAAAUAAAUAAAAAUCAAUGAACUUCUCUUUCAAAUAUGGGAAAUAAUUUAUGAUUGUUCAUAUAUGUUCGGGAAUCUGUAAGAUGUUUCAUAUAGGCCUAUCAUGAAGUAUUUUUAUUUGCAUAAUUAAAAUGAAUAGACGAUUCUCCAAGUAUUUGUACAAGCAGCCUUUCUUAGGAUGAGAUUGUUAAAUAUAUAUAUCACUGGGGGCAGUGGCGUAUACCUGUUAUCCCAGCAGCUCAGGAGGCUGAGGCAGGAGGAUCACAAGUUUAAAACCAGCCUCAGCAACUUAGUAAGGCCCUAAGCAACUUAGUGAGACCCUGUCUCUAAACAAAAUAUUUAAAACGGCUGUGGGUGUGUCUCAGUGGUUAAAUACUUCUGGGUUCAAUAUCUGGUACCAAAAAAAAAAAAAAAAAAAGAGUGUUAGAUACCUACAGAACCACCACCCCCCUUUGUGGAGUUUCCAGUUUAUAAUUCAUUAACCAGGAGAUAAAAUGGAACUUUCUUAUGUAUACAUAUAGCGUUUGCCCCAAUAAGAGGUGCCUAUAAAGACUUAUCAUCAGCAAUAACCUUCAUUUUUUUAACUGUGAAAACUUGUGUUAAUGUGAAUAAUAAUCUCAAACGUUUUGUGAUAAGUUAAUCAUCUGAUAAAGCAUUUUACUUGAAAGUUUGUAUGUUGUAAAAUUAUUAAAUGCACAGAAUAUGUAAUGCAGGUUGGUUGGAAAACAAACUGGAUUUGCCAAGAGAAGGAAAACUUGAAAAUAAGCAAAUAUCUAAACAGUUGUUUCAAAGCCGUCAUCAAUUUCUUGAAAAUCAUUAGGGCUAAUAUAUAGAAGCAUAUUCUCAUUUUAAAAUUUUUGAUUGAGUAGUUAAAUGACUAUGCAUUAUUGAAGUUAAAACUUAUUUUAUGUACUUUUCAUGAUGUUUCAGUGUAUUGAUAAUAUGGGUGUAUCAAUUUAUUUCAGUGCCUUAAAGUAUUUUGAAUGCAAUAUUUUGCUAAUGGUUAAAGAACUGUUCUCUUAGGAAUGAAAUGCUCUCCGUUAAAAGGAUCUAUGAAGUACUUUACAUUUGUUAUAAAAUAGCUACACAUGGGUGCAUUUGU